AUGGCGCCAGAGAGGAAGAGGAAGAAGUGAGGAGGAAGUGACUAUGGCGGAGCUGGACGUUGGUAAACACUGUCGGAUUGAGUCCUGCCAUCAGAAAGACUUUCUGCCCUUUGUGUGUGAGGCCUGUUCGGGGGUCUUCUGCCUUGAACACAGAAGCCGAGGAUCUCACUCUUGCCCUGAGCUCCCCGCAGCGAAGGGUGUGUCCGCAUCCGGCAGCAGCACGUCUUACGCGUGCUCCGUCCCACACUGUGCUGGGAGGGAGUUGCUGCCUGUCGUGUGUCCGCACUGCGAGAAGCACUUCUGCCUCGCACAUCGGCACCAAGAUGACCAUCAGUGUGAAAAGCUGGAGGCACCCAAACCCCGCAUGGCAGCCACCAAGGAGCUUGUGAAGAAAAUAGUAGAUUCAAAGGCAGCGCUGCCCCCCAGUGCAGGGAGGAAGGGUGCAAAGAACAGCGCCACUGCGGCCAAGGUGGCCCUCAUGAAGCUGAAGCUCCAUGCAGCUGGGGACAAGGGGCUGCCACAGACGGAAAGGACCUAUUUCCAGGUGUUCCUCCCCAAAGGCUCGAACCAGUCGAGUUUGCCCAUGUUCUUCUGUUCCAAGUGGAGUGUGGGGAAAGUAGUGGACUUUGCUGCGUCCCAAGCGAACUUAAAGAACGCAAACAACGUAUUGACAGCUAAGAAACUGCGGCUGUGUCACCCGCACACGGGGGAGGCCUUGAAGAUGGACGACGCUCUGCUCUCCUGGCUCUCUCACCCCGAGAGGCCCCUGCACAACGGCGGGAACGUCAUUCUGGAGUACCUGGAGAACGACUGCGCGCAGCUUCCGGACACCAGCGCCUAUCUGUCCCAGUCCUGAUGGAGGCAGUGUCCUUAUCACAGGCUUUUUCUGUUAGCAUCUAAUUCUUUACAAUCUGUAUUAAAGUUUUCCUUCUGUUUCAAAUUUCGUUGAGUGUUGUUGUUUUGGUUUUAACAUUGAGUACAUUUUCAAGAUGGUACGAAUUACUGCGACCUCAUCUAGGCCCAGCGCAACUAGGACCCACAGCCCCCCCCUGGCCUAUCCCCCACUCAGCCCAGUCACAGAACUCAAGGCAAAUGUGAAUGAGUCACAGAAUGAGUCAGAGUCCAAGUGCUGGAUGGGCCAGGGUGCGAACAAGGCCUUAAAGGCAAUUCCUGAUUUGGAACAAGGCUGAGGAAACGGUGUGGGUGUCCACUCUGUCCGUUUCAGCUACAGGUUACCUUAAUCACAUUUGCUGCUGCUUCGUGUCAUUUAACAGUGGACGGGAAGUGUGUGGAGAAAAGGUGCUGGGGAAAAAAAAGGAAGAACAAGUGACUGUACAGGACAGGUAUCCUGUAAUUAAGAUUUGUCACAUUUAGAAACUAAAACUGAACUAAUCCAUGCCUAACAGGCCCAGUUUAGCAAUUGCAGCACUAUCCAACCUGCUCUCUGGAAGCUUGUUUGAUAACCAAGGAUAAACGUAUGUCAGGUUUAUGGGCAUAAUUAAGCCUAGAGAGGAUUACUGUUGCAUCCUUUCAGGCAAAGGGCAUAAGUUCUACUCCCUCCACUUAUUUUCAAAGAGCUUCUGCUUGUUGAAGUAAUCUACACAUUUUUAGGAUAGAGGUGUUUUUAUUUCAGAAACCAUGGUGACCCAGGUGGGACUCGAACCCACAAUCCCCAGCUCCGGAGGCUGAUGCCUUAUCCAUUAGGCCACUGGGCCACCCUGGAAGCCUCUUAGUACUUUAUAUUUCUGUUUUUUAAUGAAAUAUGGAAGGCAGUUUCAAAAUUAGUCAGAAAGUGCAUUUCAUAUGACCCGUCCUGGGUGUGUCCCCUCCCCCUCCAGCCUUAUGCCCUGUUG